CCAUAGCGCAUUAUUUUGACUCGCUAGAAUUCAAGAAACUUUCGUUUUCAUUUCGUAGUAGCGCUGAUCUGGCAACGACCUAAAAAACAGCUGAUCGAACAUGUAAACAAGAGACAAGUCGAAAAAGCAGGAGUUGUCAAUUCAAAAUGGAUAUAAUUUCCUUUCCAAACGAAGUGUUAUGUCAGAUAUUGGCAUACAAUAAUAUCGAAAUCUCUGAUUUGCAUCACCUGAUGCUUACAUGUCAUCGUUUCCACAACCUCAUACGAAAUUCGAAUGAAAUAUGGCGACAGAAGUUCAUGAUAAGGUGGCCAAGGUUACACAAUGAAUUAAGAAAUACUGAAAAUGAAAUGCCAUGGCCGGAGAUGGUAGCUCUACGACUAAAAGUGGUUAAAUAUGUAGAAAAGGCUCUUGAGAACUUCUCAGCUGUUUCUUAUCCAAUAGGCCAGCCACCUAUUAAAUUGAUGGAUAAGCUCAUUUUGGGAGACUCCUCUUUUGUUUUGUCAGCCCAGUUUGUUGAAGAUGAGCUUCGGGAGCUCAUUUAUCAUCAUACGCACAUGCUGAAUGAAAAUUUGACAUCCAGAUUCUAUGCCAAUCAAGCACUUGGAUAUGUAAGGAGAUGCAGAAUACAAACUAUGUGGCAAAAUUUUAAGGCAAAACCAGAAUCUGAAAAAUCCUUAUUGGAAGGAGCUAUGCUGAUUUCCCAAUGGGGUCAGAUAGAUCAAGAACAUUUAACCAGUUUAAGCGAAGUUGAAACAAUUCUAGAGAGUAUUGCACAGAGAGUGAGGCAGCUUGCUGAUAUGAAGAGAGAUGCUAUAGAUGCAAAGACAGCUAUCGACGAUCCGAGAACUGUCAGAAAAAUCUUGAAUUGCCUAAACCAAGUACUGUAUGAUGAAAUGGGUUUUCAAGGCAACAAGGAAGAUUACUAUGCACACGAUAAUUCCUAUAUCGAUAAGGUUCUUCAAACAAGAAGAGGCAUACCCAUAACAUUGUGCAUCAUCUACCACGAAGUUGCAAAACGAUUAGGAAUCCAAUGCGAACCCGUUUCGUUCCCUCAACAUUUUCUACUUAGAUGGCGGGAACACCCUCAUCGUGAAGCUGCUGAUAGUUACACUUUCAUCGAUGCUUUUAAUAAUGGGGCGUCGCAUCAGCCUCGUUCCUGUCCGGCUUUAAUUGGCCAGCCACGACCAAACAUUCACCGUGAAGCCUACUCAGCCGUUCCAGCCGAACAAGUUUUCCAGCGAAUGGUGAACAAUUUGAUCCAAUGCUCUAGGGUGCACGAUGACAGGCCAGAUAGCCGACGUGACGACCAAAGGUUACGAAACCAAUUGCACUUCUCACGAUUGGCAUGCGUCAUUUCGCCCGGCCAAACUCCCUCUGUCGUAGCUUACGCUGAGUUAUGCGCCUUUCUUGGAGUUCAGCUUGAAGAAGCUAUCCAGCUCCUUCUGUCAGAUGAGUUUUCUGAUGAAUGGACUAGAGUGGAUUUCGAACCUGGUCAUUGGGAACGUGUCCGUCAAAUCACUUAUACUAAAUGUGCCAGGAAACUGAGUGAGCAACAAUCUCAAACAAAGAAUACAGCUGCCUGUCAUCGGCCAUCAUCUAUGAGAUACGCUGUCGGCCUCGUCAUGAGAUACAGUGUUGGCGAAGAAUUAUUGCGCCAUACGUACACUUGCGUUAUUGUGUCUUGGGACGCCAAAUGCCAAGCGUCUGAUGAAUGGAUAAGUCGAAUGACGCGGAAUUUAAUUCGUGGCCGAGAUCAGCCGUUUUAUUACGUUUUGACUGAGGAUGGUAAUGCAGGAUAUGUAGCAGAAGAUCAUUUGGAGCUCCAUCCUGGAGGCGCUGUCAUCAACCAUGCAGAUGUCGGCCUGCACUUUGAAUAUUUUGACGGUCGUCGAUAUAUCCCCAACGCCGCGAAACGGGCUGAGUAUCCAGAAGAUGAGGUAGUUGCACUUUCAUUGAUCGAACAAUGAUCCGGCACCGGGUGCGUUGUCCUUAUUAUUACAUUGGCUUUCAAGUUUUACAGACAUUUAUCGUGUGUUGUCAAUCUUUAUAGGUAAAGAAAGUUUAUUGAAAUUCUUUUGAGGCAUUAAUGGGUGAAUGCAUGUCUUCCGGUUGAAGUAUUUCUAAGCCACACUCCUUUAUCGUGUCUUGUGUCUAUGAUGAUUUGCGUCGAUUCCUACAUCAACAUUUUAGUGAUCAAGGAGUGAUGCAAUAGUUUGACAUAAUGUUUACAAUUCUUGUUUCCUUACCUAUUGAAUCGACUGUCUACUAUAAUCAAAUUAUCGUAUAGCGUCUAUAAGACGUAAUGGAGUAAUCCAUUAAUUAAUCUUGUUUAUCUUGCGGGUAUGCUUAGCAAGAUUCUCACCAUUCACUUUAAGUGACUAAGUUAAACAAGAUCAAAUAAGUGAAAUCAUAAAGUUCCUUGAUAUUUAAUGAAAGUUCGUAACGAUACAUUUGUGUUAUGGCUUAUUAGUUCUAGUUUGAUUUGUCAAAUUUACGCAACAAGCAAAAAUUACUCAAAGUUUUCUUUGUAUUCCAAAAGAAACCAUGUUCUGGAAUACAUUUGUUUCCGUUUC